AUGCAAGGGGCUCUGGUGCAAUCUUCCACCUUUCCUUGGGCAGUUUCCAAUAAAAGCAAGAUCCAUUCAAAGCAAUCUGGAAAUACAAAAAGACAAGUCAAGAUGAUGUGCACCUUACAAACUCCUCCAUUAACGAAAGCUACGACUUUCUCUGAGGACGCUAAAAAAGUUAUUAAGUUUGCACAAGAGGAGGCAAGACAACCUGGACACAAUUUCGUGGGUGCAGAGGUAAUUUUAUUAGGUCUUAUUGGCGACUUCAACAAAGUAUCUAAUGAAGAAGACGUUGACAUAUCAGCAAAGGUCUUCAAAUCAAUAGGGAUUUUUUUAAAAGAUGCACGUCCUGAGGUAGAAGAAAUAAUCGGAAGUGGUAGUGGAAAUGUAUGCGAUGUCAUUCCAUUUACACCACGUGCAAAACAUGUAUUAGAAUCCUCACAAGAGGAGGCCCAACAACUUGGUCGUAAUUAUAUUGGAUCCGAGCAUUUGCUUCUUGGGUUGCUUCGUGUGGAUGGAGGUGUAAAUCAUGUUCUUAGGAAGUUAGGUGUAUCCCUAAAUGACAUUGGCACAAAGGUGAUGGAAAUGGUUGAGAGUCCAAAAGCUGUUAAUGAUUUGAUCUUUGACAACAAGAUGCCAAUUCAUGAGGAAUAUGGUAUUGACUUAACAAAGCUAGCAAAAGAGGGAAAGCUGGAUGUUCUUCUUCGAAGGCAAUCACAAUCAGAAAUAAAAAGAGUUACUGAAAUUUUGGGAAGGCUUACAAAAAACAACCCAUGCCUUGUUGGAGAACAUGAUGUUAGAAAGACAUCUAUUGUAGAAAGCCUCGCCGAAAGUAUUUCAUACUAUAAUAACGUUCCAGAUUGUCUCAAGGAUAAGAAGGUGAUUAGUGUAAACAUGCGUCAAUUUGGUCAUGGAGAGAGGCAGGAGAAACUAAAGAAGCUAAUUGAGGAAAUCAAGGAAAGUGGUGAAAUUAUUCUCUUUAUUGAAGAGAUCCAUACAGGAAUUGGAGUAGAGGGGCCUAUUGGUGUUGCUAACAUCUUGAAGCAAGCUCUUGUUAGAGGUGAAUUACAGUGUAUUGGAGCAACAACCCCCGAUGAGUACCAAAAACUCAUUGAGAAGGACCCAACAUUUGAGAAACUAUUCCAGCCUGUAAAAGUGCCCGAUCCAACAUUUGAUGAAACCUUAAGUAUUUUAUUUUGGCAUCUUGGAAGGUAUAAGAAUCACCACAAGGUCCGUUACACUUAUGAAGCAUUAGAAGCUGCUUGUAAUAUGUCCUGUGACUCGAUAAGUAACCGCUUUCAUCCCGGAAAGGCUAUUGAUUUAAUCGAUGAAGCCGGUUCAUUUGUUGGUGACGAUGAAGAAGGACUAGUAGGUCUAACCUACCUUGAGCUUCUAAAAGAGCUUAAAUGGAUGAAAGAGGUUAUGCUAAAAACAAAAGAGGACAUGGAUGCAUUUGGUGAUAAGGACUUUAAAAAGGCUAACAAGUUAUGGGACAAGGGAAUUGAUCAUAAGAUUCACAUGUUGGAGAUUGAGGAAAGAAUCAAGGAGAUUAAUAAUGUCGUAUGGGAGGGUGUUACCAUAACCAAAGCAGACAUUGAAGCUAUCGCCAAUAUGCACUUUUGUUAA